UCCCCUUUGGGAUCAGAAUAUAGCCAAGAGUACCACACCUCCACAUGUAUCACAAAAUGAUGAGGCUGUCUAUUUUAAUUUGUGCUGCGCCACUUUUUAUCUAUAUAGCAUGCUGUUCUGCUGCCCCAGUACUGCCAGAGCCAGAAUCUGUUUAUCAGACAAAUUAUGAAUCCGCAAAGGACUACCUUAGAAAAUUUUACAACUUCACUGAGCAAGUGUCAAAGAAUGUGACUAAAAUCCUGUUUGAAAAGAAGAUAAAACAAAUGCAACAAUUUUUCCAUCUUCAUGUAACAGGACAACUAGACUCAAACACAGUUGACAUGAUGAAGAAGCCUAGAUGUGGUGUGCCUGAUGUUUCAAACUAUAACUUUUUUUCUGGUAAACCAAAAUGGCGAAAAAACCCUGUUACAUACAGGAUGAAUAAUUAUACACCUGACCUACCUCAGAGAGAUGUAACUGAAACACUUCAGAAGGCUCUCAGUGUGUGGAGUGAUGUUAGCCCUUUGCAAUUUCAUGAAGUUUUAAAUGGUAAUGCUGACAUCAUGAUGUUUUUUGCAUCUCUUGAUCAUGGUGAUGGCUAUCCAUUUGAUGGACCAGGUAAUGUUUUGGCUCAUGCAUUUAGUCCUGGAGAAGGCUUCGGCGGUGAUGUGCAUUUCGAUGAAGGUGAAAAGUGGUCAUUAAGUCAGAGAGGAAUUAACCUGUUUCUUGUUGCUGUCCAUGAAAUUGGCCAUGCCCUUGGGCUUAGCCACUCCAAUGACCCUAAAGCAAUAAUGUACCCCAUCUACAGAUAUGUAAACACAGAGAAUUAUCGUCUGCCACAGGAUGAUGUCAAUGGAAUCCAAGCUCUCUAUGGAAAGUAAAACUUUGUACAGCAGAUUCUUCAUACUGAUUCCAGCAUCUAUACAGUUGCCUAAAAGACAAAGGAGAACUGCUGCUAAAUGUUGAUCCUGACAUUUAUUUUUUUUCCUGUAACUGUGGAUUUUUUCUCUAUCUUUGUUUUAAUUCUGUAGUAUACAACUCUCAUAUUUUCUGUUACAGUCUCCCACAACUGAAUAAAACAUAUUAUUCUAAAGGUU